GGUUACUUAGUGAUAUGAUUAUGGGUCUACUUUCAUCAAAAUACCGAAUUGAAAAAUAAUGCUCAGUCUAACAUGUCUAUCAAAAGAAAACCAGAUGGGGAAAAAAAGGCAAACCACUGUAACUUGACAGACAUCCAGUAACAGUGGCCACAUUUUAUUGUUAUGUUCACAACCUGCCAGUUUUUAUUCAGAGAUAUGAAACUUACGAGAUGUCCUGAUCAGAUAACCUGCUGAUGUCCUAAUCCUUUUGUUCUUUCAAGAAAUAGGUCAUUAUCUGAUUGUAAGGGCGCACUGAAUUGCUCCUUCCAGAGGUCAUGUGACUCCAAAUACAAAGGGGACCAGUCUUCAUCAGACUUAUCUAAUGGUGUUAAGAAGGAAGAAUUAUUUCAAAACAAAAUCACACAGUUAGUGAUAGUGUGAAGAUAAGACAUGGGGAUAAUGAACUGUAUUUGUACUAAAUGCACCCAGUGAAAACCCCCCUGCCCUCAUCUAUUGGCUGCUGGUGGGGGGUGGAGGUUGUGGCUCAUAAACUAUGAAGCUUUCCCAGGUGCUGUCAUAUAUAAAAGGUGCAGACAGGUGCGCUCACCUCAGGAUUACAUUAGUUCUAUCAAGGAUGUGGAUGCUCUUCUUUUUCAGCGCCUUGUUGGGGGCGUUGGGGUCAGAGGAAACGCCCCCUGGGGCCGCUCAGCAGCUUCAGGCCCUUCACUGCCCGCCCUGCGAGAGGAUACACUGCUCCUCCCGGCGGGCGCUGCAGCUCCAGUGUAAAGGUGGUGUCACAACGGGCGUCUGCGGCUGCUGCCCUGUUUGUGCCAGAACAGAGGGGGAGACCUGUGGAGGAACAUGGGACUAUCUGGGCAAGUGUGAUGAGGGACUGGUGUGUGUUUACCAGGACGCAGCAGCUGACAAACCAGAGGACGAGCACAAAGGGAUCUGUAAAGCAGUGAUUGAACCACUGGAUCCAGAGACCUGUCACCCAGAGUGCACCAAGGAAUACUGUCAGGCCAACCCCUCUGAAAUCUGCUCUGCCAGGUUUGUGUCUGUGGAGAAAAAGGCAUGCCAGGGCUCCUGCCAACACACCUCCUGUUCAAGCUGUCUGCUGCUAAAACCCCCAUCAUGUCCUCAGACCUGCGCCCCCUCUGAUCCUUCCUGUCUACACCGCUUUGGGAAGUGUGUGCACAACCACCUGACAGCAGCUCACAGUCCUGUGUGCCACAGCAACCUGCAGAAUAAUGCAGAGGGGCAUUUUGUGUGUUUGAUCCCAGCCUGUCAAACACACUGAACACACACUGAAGUAAAGAAGAGGAGAUCCAGAGGAAACCUUCACUAGCUCAUGUAGCUAAAUGGAAAAAGGCAGCUAUCUCUAAACUUUGUGUAUCACAUUGUAUAUGUCAUGUAACCCUGAAUAUAAUGCUGUGAAAUGAAAUGUAUUAAAUGUAUAUAUUUUAAAUCAUGAGAAAUAAAAUUCUGUGUCACACUGUACUUGAUUUUAUUUAUUUGGUGCGACGAGGGUGAUAUUGAUAAAAAAAUGAUUGAUGGCUGGGUAGGACAAGGAUGGAUGGAUGGAUGGAUGGAUGAUGGAUGAUGGAUGGAGCGAUUCCAGGUGCAUUGUUUUAUGUGAACUUGUGUGGUGGAUCUUAUUGUGCAUCUUAUAUUAUAUAUAUUUAUAUUUCCCUGGCUGCAAGACUGAUUUCUCCUCUGUAACAGUAAAGUUGAAGUUCAAUAAGAUCCUGGUGAUCAAUAGAGUAACAAGAAGCACCUUAUUUAAAAAACAACAACAGUUUGUUCUCUCUAUCAUUAGUUAACUUGAUAAUAAAUGAUAAAAAAACAAUCAGACUGCAUCUGAAAUGUAUGAAUUCUUAACUGUA